AUGAAGGUGUUCAAUCUGCUUCUCCUCUGGUGCUUGGGCUUGGUCACCCACGUACUGGCCAACAACGAAGCUGCUCCCUACGAGCUUUUGCACUACUACUACGUAUACAAAUUGGAAUGGGACACGGGCAUUGACAAAACCAUCGCCCCGGGCUGUGCCACCGAGUAUGGCCACAUGUGCUAUUUCGACGAAUUCGCCAAGUACCUCAUGGACGACAAUUGGCGAGAUGCGUACCGGCCGAGCGCAGCCGAUCACACCAAGACCCCAGGCAUGGCGGCCGUGAGCAAGUUGUCGAGCAACAUACCCCGUUCUGCGCGGUACAAACUGAACUUGCUGCUUCCCCAUAUCAAUGCUGAUGCAAAAUCCUUCCCCCUCGUCUUCGAGGCGGUUCUCCACGCCGCCAACAAUGCUAUCGCGCAAGAUAACGUGAACAAAGAUGAUCUGGAACAAGCGGUGGAAAUGGCUCAGGAAAUCAAGGAGGCCCGCACUCCGGCCGUCUUUGAAAUCCAAGAGGCCGCGCUCAAAGCUCGCGUCGGGGAAGAGGCGUUCGAGUUUGUUCAAGUCACGGCGUCCGGGUUCAAGUGGCCGGAGACCUUGGCCGCGAUAGAUAGCGCGAUAGAAGAUGGUGAUCUCACUGCCGAGAAAGGAGCGACGAUGAAAGAGAGUAUUCGACUAUUCUCUUUGACCUAUGAGCAUGAUAUUCUCGCCGGAGAAGUUUCUGAUCACAAUCAUUUAAACAUCGUGAAGUCGCUUGCAACUUCUAUCACCAGCCUGACACGGGGAAUUGAAGAACGGUUCCCCGAGAGUGGUGGCGUUUCUUCGAGCGGGCCAUCGAGCGAGUGUGAGAGUGAGUUUAGCUACUCGAGCACUUCCUCAUCCUCAGACUCAGACUGA